AAAUUUUAGUCUUAACAAGUAGAGUAAUAUAGAAUUAUUGAAAGUUUUAGACAAAGUCUGCAACAUAUUUUAGUUUUUACUUCAAUGGAAGACAAUGGAGUCGAGAAUCUAGCUGCGUCGAAAAUUCUAUUCUAUCAGUUAUAAUAGAACUGUAAUUAUAAUAAAAUGUGUUUCAUCAACAACAAUAUCAAGAACAACAGAAACAGGUAAGGAAGAUGGCCAUGUUUCGUCGUCAGAUUCGGAUGACAUUAAUGAUAAAUCACAUGGUGAAUUACAAAAUGCUGAUUGUCAGCUGGAGCAUCAACCACUAGAUCCAAGAUGCGAUGUUAUUCGCCGUUAUCGCACGGAUUUAAAUAAAGCUGUUAAAAUGGCUAUUCAAGAACGUAAACUGCACCGUCAGGAAAUGCCAUAG